AUGGCGCAGGCAAACUGGGAAGGCAAGGUUUGUGCAAGACUAACAAAUGCAAAAGCAGACCAAAUAUGGGCUCUCUACAAGGACUUCGUCAACUUCCACAAGUGUUUUCCUAGCCUUGCCACUUGUUACGGCAUCCACGGCACCAACGGCGAGCCUGGUUGCAUCUGAUACUGUGCCGGAUUCUCAAUCGCAUCCGACAGCGCCAGCACCGACAAGCCCUUUAGCUGGUGAAGAUUAACGGCAGUCGAUAACGAGGGAUAUAGCUUAAGCUACAAGAUAGUGGACAUCAAUAUUGGGUUCGAGUCAUACAUUUCAACGGUCAAGAUUGUUCCUCAAGGUGCAGAUGGGUGUGUGAUCGAGUGGUCCUUCACCGUUGAUCCAGUUGAAGGGCGGGAGCUACAUGAUUUGGUGAAGAAGUAUGAGGUGGGCCUUCAGUGCAUGGCUAAGGGAAUGGAGGAUGCACUGCAGCAUUGGGACACGUAA